UCUCCCUCCCUAGCUAUCUCCCAAACGCAUACGGCGCCUAUAUAAGUAGUGCUAAGCCAUCACACUAAGCAAAGCACUCGUCGUCUAUUAUUCCAGCAUCCUGCUGCACCUCACCUCGCCAUGGGGGGAGCUUCUAAUUCUAACCUGCUUCCUCCUGGCUUCCACUUCUUCCCAUCAGACGAAGAGCUCGUCGUCCAUUUCCUCCGCCGCAAAGCCUCGCUCUUACCAUGCCAGCCAGACAUCGUCCCUACAGUGUGUAUGAAUCACUAUGAUCCAUGGGAACUGAAUGGCAAAGCACUUGGGGCAGGUAACCAGUGGUACUUCUUCAGCCAUGCGAAGCACAGCAGGGUCACACCAAACGGGUACUGGAGCUCUGUUUGUGCAGACGAGACGGUGAGCAGUGGUGGCUGUAGUGUCGGUCUGAAGAAGACACUUGUCUUCUCCACUGGAGAGCCCUCUGAAUCUGAGGGGACCGAGACCAACUGGAUCAUGCAUGAGUAUCACUUACUGGAUGGGAGGAAGGGGAUUAGCAGUAGCACUACCUCAACUAAUAGUUCAAGCAAGAAAUUGCAUCACCCAAACACAGAGUCCAAUAACUGGGUGAUAUGCCGAGUGUUUGAUUCGACGACCGGUGGAUCGCAAGCGAGCUGCCAUGAGGAGGGUAUGGAGCUUUCAUGCUUAGAUGAGGUGUUCCUAUCCCUCGACGACUAUGAUGAAGUCAGUUUGUCAAAUAAUUAGAAUCCUUAUCACCAGAACAGGUAGUACUACUAGUAGGCCCCUAGCUACUACGAUUUCAGAAGAUCAAAUGUUCAUUCCAUAGGUGUUUAGCCUUAAACACUGUGUCGAAACCACAUAUGUAAUUAUUCUCUCCUCAUCAAAGGAGUCGAGGCACAUGUAUGUAACAAACUUGAGUUAGCUUUAGAAAUAUGGUUAGUGUGGAUAAUCCCCUAUCCUAGAAGGUUUUUAUUAUGUUUGAGCAUAAAAAGGCGCGAUAACUAUGUCUCCGAGUGUCUCUGUAUGUAUUAAAAAAUAUUACACAGGUGGGCUGCCUUGACUGUA